UACAGAUUUAAAAAUAAAAUAUUUACAAAAAGGUCAUUAUAAUUCUGAUUUUACAAAAUCAAACCCUCCAGACAUCAAACACUGCUGCUACUCAAAAUACAAAUUGCUCUACUACUCAUCUUUGGCGCCUGACUUAUGGAUUCUUGAAAACUCAUUAAUUCCGAAAACAACAAUUGCAGAACAAUAAGAGUAUGUCCACCAAAAUCAUAUUAAGUGAUGUAGAAAAAAAUGUUGUGAAUCUCUUGAAAAAAACAGCCGAAUUUAUUGAACAAAGUCGUGGAGGGAACGCAACAGUUGAAGUACGUCUAGCAGGCGGCUGGGUACGCGAUAAACUUCUGGGGUUUUCCAGUGAUGAUUUGGAUGUAACAUUAAAUAAAAUCAAUGGUAUCGAUUUUGCUAAAGCUAUCUUGGAAUAUGUGAAUGUGUUGGACCCAAAAAUUGCUAUCCCUUACAAACAGUCAAUUGGAAAACUGACUGUGAACCCAGACCAGAGCAAACAUUUAGAAACAGCUACCCUUUCUCUUUAUGGAUUAGACAUUGAUUUCGUCGGUUUACGGGAAGAAAUCUAUGACGACAAGAGUCGUAUCCCUGUAGUUCACCAAGGUACCAUAGAAACAGAUACAUACCGUCGUGAUUUUACUUUGAACUCAUUAUUUUAUAACAUUCGAAGCGAACAAAUAGAAGACAUCACAAAACGUGGAUUCACUGAUUUAAAAAACAGGAAUUUGGUCACACCUAUUUCACCAAUUCGAUCCUUUCUAGAAGACCCUCUUAGAAUUCUGCGCGGUCUAAGAUUUGCUUCCAGAUUUAAGUUUACACUAGACCCUUCUCUUCAUGAUGCUGUGCAAAAUCUUGGAGUUCAAAAAGCCUUCAACAUCAAGGUCAGUAAAGAACGUGUCGGUGAAGAAGUUGAGAAGAUGUUACGAGGACCAAAUCCAGAUCUUUCCCUCCAUCUAAUAUAUUCCUCCGGUGCAUCUUCCUUUAUGUUUGGUCCCAUACCCGAUGGAAAGAACAAAGUUCCUCAAAAAUCUGUGGAAGCCGCUAUACAUCUAUUUAAGCAGUUUCAAGAACUUUUCUCUAAACUUCCGUCUUUAAGUGAUGAUGACCGAUUUUCCAUCUGGUUAUUUACUGCUUUGCUCCCUUGGGCUCAACAAUCUAUUAUUCAAAAGAAAAAGUUAACCUUUAUACCUGCGGUGUUAGCUAGAGAUAAUCUGAAACUGAACAAUCAUGUUAUUACUCAAUUAAAUACAAGCUGUUUAUACGCCGACGUGUUUGAUGCUCUUGCAAACGACUUAGCUAAGGCUACUCGUAGCGAAAUUGGGAAUGUGGUUCGUCAGAUUGGAAAAAAUUGGGCUGUAGCUUUUCUUUCUUCUCUUUUAUACUCAUACUGUAAACGAGAAGACGAAAAAAUUUCUGACGUGUUUAUGAAAUUCUCGAACCUGUACAGUUUAAUUUACGAUCAGAACCUACAAAAAAGUUACGAAAUAAAACCUUUGUUAGACGGAAAGCAAAUCAUUCAAAAGAUGGAAAUUAAACCUGGCCCCGAAUUGAAGACAAUCAUGGAACAAAUGAUUUCUUGGCAAUUUGAGAAUCCAGAAGGAACAGUCAGUGAUUUAAUCACAUAUCUGCAGUCUUUAAAACAAAUCAUGGAAGGAAAAUAAAAUUGGAAUCUCUGAGCAAGUUGGAUUUAGUGUGUCUACUCGUCUUGAUACAGGUCAGCAAAUAUUUAUAGAAUUUACCAAUCUCGAACAAGCUCUUUGUAUUCGU